AUGGGUGGCGUGUUGUGUGCACAACAUUGGCCCUUACAUCACAGCAUGGCGGGCCGUGGUGGCGGCGGCGUGGUCGUGCUCGUGGUCGCCACUCACUCGCCGCGUAACCUUGCGUACGAUGAUAAACAAGUGACGUCACUAGCUAUUUUUAACCAUGUUUGUGCCGAGAGCUGUGUGCGAACAUGCGCGCGCGCGAGGUCAACGCCCUACACCACGGCUGUAUGCUGUAUCCUAACCGAUCUGAAAGUCCGCAAACGAUACGCUUCGUUCGUCGUUUAG